UUGUCUCGUUUUCAAACACCGGCUGUUCAACAUGGCGGAUACCAAGGAAAAGCAAGAUACAGAGAAAGAAACACAAAAAGAAAAGAAAACAGAGGAAGAAAAUGAACCAGAGUUGUCUGAGGAAGACAGGCAAUUGCAAGAUGAGCUUAACAUGUUGGUGGAAAGACUUCAGGAGCCAAACCAAAAGCUUUACAAGCCAGCAUUGGAAAGUAUGAGGACUUUGAUUCGGGCAUCUACCACUUCAAUGACCUCUGUUCCUAAGCCCCUUAAAUUCCUAAGGCCACAUUAUGAUACUUUAAAGCAAGUUUAUGAGAAGAUAAAAGAUACAAAAACUAAGGCAUUCUGUGCAGAUAUCAUCUCUGUGCUGGGUAUGACAAUGGGGGAAGGGAGAGAUUGUCUCAAGUUCAGAAUGCUUGGCUCACAUGAAGAAGUUGGAGCAUGGGGACAUGAAUAUGUUAGGCAUCUUAGUGGAGAGGUUGCCCAGGAGUGGCAGGACACACCAGAAAAAGAGACCAAAAAGCGUGAAGAACUUCUCAAACUUGCCAAGCAGAUUGUACCCUAUUCCAUGCAUCACAAUGCUGAGGCUGAGGCCUGUGACUUGCUGAUGGAGAUUGAAAGGCUGGACCUGCUUGAAGAUUAUGUAGAUGAGAAUGCAUUCCCUAGGGUAUGCUUGUAUCUGAACAGCUGUGUUCCCUAUGUACCAGACCCAGAGAAUACAAUUUUGUUGAAGACAACUCUCACUAUUUUCCGUAAAUUCAACCGUUACCCAGAGGCUCUCCGCUGUGCUAUGGAACUAAAUGAUACAAACUUAGUGAAGGAGAUCUUUUUGUCAUGCAAAGACUCAAUGAUUCAGAAGCAGCUAGCAUAUAUGUUGGGCAGACAGCAGAUCUUUUUGGAGUUGGAUGAUGAAAUGGAUGAUUAUGAUGAUCUAGUAGAAAUCAUGUCCAAUGCACAUCUCAAUAAUAAUUUCCUAGCACUUGCAAGAGAGUUGGAUAUUAUGGAGCCUAAAGUACCAGAGGACAUUUACAAGAGUCACCUAGAACCCAACAGAACAAUUGGACCUUCUAAUGUGGACUCGGCCAGGCAGAACUUGGCAGCAUCUUUUGUCAAUGGAUUUGUAAAUGCCGCAUUUGGACAAGACAAACUGCUGAUGGAAGAUGGCAGCAAAUGGAUCUAUAAAAACAAAGAACAUGGAAUGCUUAGUGCCACAGCUACUUUAGGUCUCAUCCUCCUGUGGGAUGUUGAUGGUGGCUUGACACAGAUUGACAAAUACCUUUACUCUUCAGAGGACUAUGUAAAAUCUGGAGCUCUGCUUGCUUGUGGCAUUGUAAAUAGUGGUGUGAGAAAUGAAUGUGAUCCAGCACUUGCUUUAUUGUCGGACUAUGUACUUCACAGCAACAAUAUUAUGAGGAUAGGGUCUAUUGUAGGUUUGGGCUUGGCCUAUUCUGGCUCCAACAGAGAAGAUGUCAUCAGUUUGCUACUACCAGUGAUGGGAGAUUCUAAGUCUAACAUGGAGGUUGUGGGCAUGGCAGCUUUGUCAUGUGGUAUGAUUGCAGUAGGCAGUUGUAAUGGAGAUGUCACAUCCACAAUUCUACAAACGUUGAUGGAGAAAUCUGAAUUAGAAUUGAAGGAUCCGUAUGCCAGAUUUUUAGUACUAGGACUGGCUCUUACCUAUUUGGGCAAACAAGAAUCUGCAGAUGCUGUGUUAGCAGCCUUAGAGGUGAUGGCUGAGCCUAUCAAGUCUUUGGCAACUAUAAUGGUGGACAUUUGUGCCUUUGCAGGAACGGGAAAUGUUUUGAAAGUCCAGCAUUUACUCCACAUUUGUUCUGAACAUUAUGAGGAAAAGGAUGAGAAAGACAAAGAUAAAAAAGAUGAUAAGAAGAAGAAAGAGGACAAAAAAGAAGAGAAGAAAGAAGAAGAAAAGACAGAAGACAAAAAGGAGGAAAAGAAGGACAAUUUGGUAGAUUUAGCAGCUCAUCAAGGUGUUGCAGUAUUAGGAAUUGCUCUGAUAGCAAUGGGUGAAGAUAUAGGGGCAGAGAUGACUCUCAGAACGUUUGGAAGUUUGUUGAGAUAUGGUGAACCAGCUAUCAGAAGGGCCGUUCCCCUUGCCCUAGCCCUGGUAUCGGCAUCCAAUCCUAAACUCCAGAUCUUGGAUACUCUUAGUAAAUUCUCUCAUGAUAGUGAUCCAGAAGUUUCAUACAAUGCCAUUUUAGCUAUGGGUAUUGUGGGAGCAGGUACAAACAAUGCCAGACUGGCAGCCAUGUUACGCCAGUUAGCAGUGUACCAUGGGAAGGACCCUAACAACCUGUUUAUGGUGCGUAUAGCCCAGGGACUAACCCACAUGGGCAAGGGCACGCUGACCACUUGUCCAUACCACAGUGACCGUACCCUACUCAGCCCAGUGGCAGUGGCAGGACUCAUGGCUGUGUUGGUGGCAUGUUUGGAUGUCAAGACAAUUAUACUUGGUAAAUCUCACUAUGUACUGUUCAACUUGGUGCCUGCUAUUCAACCCAGAAUGCUGGUGACAUUUGAUGAAGAGCUAAGACCACUGCCAGUACCUGUAAGAGUUGGACAGGCUGUAGAUGUUGUGGGCCAGGCAGGCAAACCUAAGACUAUCACAGGAUUCCAGACACACACCACCCCAGUACUGUUAGCAUAUGGAGAAAGAGCAGAGCUGGCAACAGAAGAAUAUUUAUCCCUCACACCAGUAAUGGAAGGUUUUGUUAUUCUCAAGAAAAAUCCAGACUAUGAAGCUUGAAGAACACCUGGUCCCAAAAUGAAUAUGAAAAAAUUCGACUUGGACAGAGUAGACAUUUAAGUCAGUUGGAUGAUAUAUGAACAAAAGUCCUUGCCAUCUUGUUUACACAUUAUUUUUGAGGUCUCAGUGCAAGUUGCUGCCAGACAAUGUUACUUGCUAUCUGUUGCCAGUUAUAAGUGUGUGAAAGGGAAUGACUGGUUUAAGUUUAUCCAAUCUAAAUGAUUUCAAGCAUCAGUCUUCUGAAAUGUGAACACUACUCCAGUCCUUUAUAGAGCUUGAGUUGAGACAGAGGAACAUAAGAAGAAUGUCCUAAAUGUAUUGCAAAUGCAUAACAAAAACUACUGUAUGUGAUAUACAUAAUGGUAAUAAACAUUUUAUUUGUA